AAUCAGGAUGUGGAUUUUUUGGCACUCAGGUUUUGGGUUGGAAUGUGGACGGCAUUGUUUCUGCUGAUACUCAUAGCCGUCGAUGCGUCAGCGCUGGUUGCGUUUAUCACUCGAUUUACCGAAGAGGCUUUUGCGACGCUGAUAUCAUUGAUCUUCCUCGUAAAGGCGUUCCAGGAACUGAUCAUCAUUGGUCAUGAAAGCCCGCCUGUAAUUGAUGUUCAGUCCGUGUUCACGAGCCCUUGUCGGUGUAACGCGAACGCAAGCGACGUCGAAAAUGCCACAACGUCCUUCCAUUUGGUCUACCCCAGCUCUUUCUCAAGGAACAACACUCCUCAAGAAUGCUUCGAAGAAGGUGGAACGCUGCAAGGUCUACAGUGCUUUGCAAAACCCGAAGUGUUCAUUUUUUCGAUCGCACUUUUCGUUGCAACAUUCGUCAUUGCUAAAGGCCUAAAGGAGUUCCGUCAUUCGAAAUUUUUCAGCAGUCGAGUGAGUAUUCAGACAUUGCGUUGA